GUGUGUGCACGAUUUGUUUGUGCAAUCGUCAACAGCAAGCGACGCGUGUGCGAGGAGAUGCAAGAUGUGUUAAGUGUGUGUGGUGUGCGUUAAACGGUGCUAGCGAGCGAGAGAGAGAGAGAGAUAGCACGCAAAGUGGGAGGCAGUCGGUUAUCGGAAAUGGUUUAUUUAUUUUUCGUGUGACUUUUAGCAAACUUCUUCUUCGGUUCUGUUGCUGGACGGUGUGGUGCCUGGAGCUGUUCGGUCGCUGAUAAGGUGCGUUAUGAGUGAGUUGGUUGGUGUGAUGAAGGGAAAAAAUAGCACUCCCCUCCGUGUAUAAUGUACGCGCGAUUUGCGAUUAAGGUUUACUGUAGACGCUACGCUGGACACACAUUACGCAAAGGAAAGAAUUUGCGCACAAACGCUGUGAAGUGAGAAAAUGUCUGACGAUGACACCCGACGUGCAGCUGUGUCCCCGCCAUUAAGCUGCGCAAAUGUUGAGGCCGCAUCAUCAGCGUCGUCGUCACCCGUCGUCAGCUUCCAAGAACCGCUCGGAAAGGGUGAAACCGUUUCGGAACGCGUGAAAGUGACACCAGCAACAGAACCGGCAGCGGCGGAAGUGAACGAUACUGGUGCGGACGCGCUCCGAUCGAAUGACCAUGAAGCGGCAACAAAAGUCAAGCAACGAAAAUGCGUUCAAUUUACGACGACGACAGCAACACCAGCCGGCACUACCGCCGACGACACGCUGCGCAAGUUUUUCGAAGGUGAGGAAAUAUUGGACAAACGGAACCCGUUCAAACCCGACGACCAAGCUGCUGAAAGUGGAGUGCGUGCUAGAUUCGUUCCCGGUAACGAGCCAGCGGUCCUUAUCGAACAUGACGAUGCCGACGAUUCCGAUACCGAACAUGGUGACGAUGAUAACGUGUUCAUAACGAAGGAGGAAAUACUGCGCCAGUCGAAGUACGUGAAGACCUACAUUAAAAAUCCCGAUAAGCAGCUCAAUUACGAUAAAAGUGUAAUCCAGAAAUUGAACGCACUCAAAGCGAAAGGGCGCGAAGUGCGCGAUGUGGCGAUGGUGUUGGACAGUGCUCCCGUGCCCUCCCCAGUGGCCGCGAGACCUCCGAUACCGGCACCCCGCACCGUACAGCGAUCGAGCGAUCGGAACAACAACAACAGCGACCGAAGGCAAGCCUCACCGCAACAGCGGCGCGACGGUGGUAAUCCGAAACCGGUGCCGCGCGCGCGACGUGAUUAUGCCGAGGUGAAGGUGCGUAUCGGGUCGGCCGAAGCUGAAGAAUCGCUGUACGAUUCGAACGAGGUCGUCCAGAAUGCGCUCAAGUUCGACAGCCGGUUCAGGAAGGUGGAAUUUGGGUCGCAGGAUGAUAUCGAUUCGAUCGCGGAGCGGACGGAAGAUGGAAGCGAUCCACGGGAAACGAUCAGUGAGCACGCCCAUCGUCCGGUUGUGAGCGAGAAGCCGAAGCAGCAGGUUUCACCGAGCAAGGAUCAACCGGACGCAGCAAGAAAAACGACAUUCGCAGAGGAUGUAAAAAAAUCGUUCUCCAACACGGUGAAAAGUGCUGACUUUCGGAAGUAUUUACAAAGCAAGGGCUUGUCGCUGGUGCCGGCCAAACCGAAAGCGAUCGAAGCGGCUCGAUCGAGGGAGCUGCCGGAGGUGCAGGAGCAAUCCCAUCGGCUAUCAGGAAUCUCCGUCGGCAGCAACAGCAGCUCACCAGCAUCCGCCCGGCUGCAGCUCAAACCCUCGGUGCUGACGCGCUUCUUUCAGAACGGUCUCUUCUCGCCCAAAACCCGCAACGAUCCCGCAUACUCGUCGGCGUUCGGGAGAUCUUCCACGCCCGUUCUUGUUAGCACACGGUCCCAACCGCCAGCACGAUUCGCUAGCUUUAAUGGUGGUAGCUCACUCCACAAACGAUCCGCCGUUACGGUGGAUGGUGGUAAACCAAAGGUUAAUUUUAAACAGUUGGUAGACGGAGGCAGAAGCGAAGAAGCGAUCGCACCCGUCAGACGGCCGGCGUCGGUGAAUGAUUUCGAACGACCGAAACUUCGCACACACAUCGCCAACAGAUCCGUUUCGUCGGUCGAUUCCUUAAAGCGUCCGGUAAGAAAUGCCGGAGUGCAAGUGAAUUUAGCCACGCCCGCAACCGGUGGUCAGGAAGCGGUGCGUGCCAACAGUCAAUUAGUUCCCCUGCGACAACCUCCCAGUAGUAGUAACCUGCCGCAGCAGCAGCAGCAGCAGCCUGCCGCCGGGUUAAAGCACCAGCAGCUGCAGCAUCAGGUCGCCUACCAGUCAUUACGUCAGCGACCGGAUGCUCGUUUUUAUGGCGGUUCCACCAACACGGUUGUCCCGCUUUACUCGGAACCGUUGCGUGAAGCGGCACCGAUUAUGGCGCUACCGGACGAAACGGACUCAGGCUUCCGAUCGGCAGUGGACAACGGCUAUCACCACAUUUACGAGCAAACGCCCGAUAAUGUGCGUCGCGGCGAGCUGGUUUACGGUAAAAUCGGUUACCUUAGCAACACGCAGCUAAACCGUUGGCAUGCACAGGAUCGUCGAUCGUACAGCAGUAUGCAGGAUGGUGGCACGUACGGCCGGUUACGGCCACUGUACGUGUCCUCGCCACUGUCCACUCAAUCGACUCCCGUACGCCGUGCCUCGGAUACCAUCGAUCGUGAGCAAAUCCUUCACCGGAUCUACGACUUCUGCCGACGAUCGAUACGAAACAGCAGCAGAACGAGCGUUCACUCGAACCACACGGAACCACAGUCACUGUACCAAUCGAAAGUGGUCCCCACCGGUGGACCCUUCCCCAUCGAGCGGCAGCGUGUCCAACGGGUACAAAGUCUAACCACGCCACGAUCGUACGCCGGUACGUCGACGAACUACACCAGAGCAGUAGCUGCUCCGCCCGCCAACCACUACUCGAGCCGCGUCUCCACCACGGGCCCGUCUCCGAACCAGCACGAACGUAAUAUAGAGAAUAUUUACGCCUUUGUGAACAAAAAGAUGGGACAGGUCAGUGUCGGUCCGGGUGAGGAGCAGCAGCACGGUGGACGAGCGCGGACGGUACAAACGUCCGCUCCGGCGACCCUACGCCGGGUGACAUUUUCGAGCAAUGGCCGAAUGAUAGGACACACCGUGCCACAGCAGCAGGAUGGGAUCGAUGAAGCGGACUACGUUAACAUACGCGGUGCACCUGAUGACGAUGACUGGCAGAAUGAUAAAAGCAACAGGAACCAGCCGACCGAUCAAGCGAUCGACGAUCGGCGACGAUCGGCACGCAGCAGGGAGGAUCCCCGGCGACACACGCUCGGGGGCGAUAUGCUCCAGUAUCAGGCCCAAACGCAACCGCCAAACAUUCAGCGAUCGCUCGACUUUGAGACUCCACAGAUGCGCGUGUACACGCCAACGAAUCAAGGUCCCCUGUUUGACGAUGAUCCGGGUAUCAUGUCCGAGGCGGAAACGGCCAGCACGGGCUUCCGGCGCGGUGGCAAGCAACGGUCGUCGCUGCCCGUCGUCCGAACACCGUCGAAAACGCUCGAACGGCCGCUAGGGUUGGUGUUUUUGCAAUAUCGCUCGGAGACGAAACGUGCGCUGCUACCGAACGAGAUCACGUCCAUCGAUACGGUGCGGGCGUUGUUUGUGCGAUCCUUCCCGCGGCAGCUCACCAUGCAGUACCUCGAAGGGCCGAACGUGAAGAUCUACAUUCACGACUCGAGCAAGGACAUGUUCUACGAGCUGGAGGAUGUUAGAUCGCACCUGCGAGAGAUUCGCGAUCGUUCCGUGCUGCGAUUGUUUGAGUCGAACGAAGUUAGUGCACCGCAGGUUCUGCCCGGUGGACAAAAUAUCCCACAGCCUCUACAGCCGGCGGCCAUUCCAAAUCAGUGGGAUCAAGAGCAGAGCUAUUUCAGCGAACCGGAAUUUGACUCCGAAUAUCAACAUCAGCACAUUCACAAAAGCAAGCAACCCACAAAAACACCAUAUUAUGUUGGAACCACUCAAACGCUACCUAGAGGCAUGUAUUCGGACAGAACCAAGGGAGCAAUAGGAGUAGCAUCGAAACCGAUUCGUUCGUACGGUUCGCGGGGCAACAUUGCGGGACCGAUGCCAUACACUACCGAGCAGCUGUACAACAUUCCAGAUGGAUACAUGAGUUCGCCGGAACGAAGUGGAGCAUCGCGGGGAGCGUACGAAGAGCCUUACUAUAGCCAAUACGGUACACGUUCCACGACCGUAACACCGAUUAUCGACGAAGAGCAAGGGGAUAUAUCGAUCGCGGAUGAUCAGUACGCCAUGUAUGGAGUGAAAAAUGUUGGACGAAUUCCACGAGUGCCACCAAACCAAAUGUACGAUCAUACCAGAUCGGAAGACCUCCACAGAAUACGGGUCGAGCACAUGGAGCGCCAGCUGGCCAACCUUACCGGGCUGGUGCAGAAAGCACUCACACAAAAUCCUCAACUACCGCUAGUUAACAACAACCCCAAUAUUCUAAACAUCCCUGGACAAUAUCGUAACGCUGAAGCUACUGGAGAUGGUACAGUUUGCACGCGCGAAAAACCACCAAAAUUGGGAAAAUCAACAUGUCAUAAAUCGGUUUCGUUUGAAAAAUCUGUUUCCUUCAGUGACGACAUUCAAGGUGUGCCAAAAUCUCACAGCCCACAACAUUCCGCAGACACAAAGCCUCCUAAGCCGGCGAUUAAAUCCUCAACAUUGCCAAGAACCUCAUCACAGGAACGAGAUCGACUAAAACCACCACCACCUCCGAAGCCGCUGGUGAUGAUUGCGGGAAAUCAGUACCGCACCGACCUAACACUUGCCCCGGAAGUGUAUAAUCAACUGCGUGGCUUACAGAAGAAAGCGAUGGAUCUGCGGACGGAGGUUCGCACACUGCGUCGACUGACGCAAACCCAGGCGGUCGCUGUGCGGGAGGACAUUAAGGAUACGUUCAUGAGAAUACGCGCCACCCUGCUCUCCAACUCGGGCUUCGUUUGGGGACAAGGCGAUAAGGAGCGGACAAAUCUUACAAGAGAGGAAGAAAUCUACAAACAAGAGGUGAUUCGAUUGGAAAAGGAUCUGGCCGAUCUGGAAUCAUCGGUGGAAGGUUUACGCGGCGAAGUCAUCAACAGACGAACCCGUGUCAACAUGGUUGCCGUUGAAGAUAUGGCGCUAGUUCUUAGCCGUGCGAGUAAAACCGUUGCCGAGCUGAAAAUGCGCUUCCCCGUCUUACAGCAAGGGUUACGAAAUCUCAUCUCCAACGAAAUGGAGCACGUUUGUCGGGAGGAAGCAUUUCUCAAGGAUGAACCCGAUCGGUUGGAAAAUGCGUUAAGACGGUGUAAAAAAUUAACCGGCACACUGGUAACGCUCAAAAGACUUGCAAGCGUACAGGAGCAACGGUUACCAAUACCGGACACGGCGGGCACGGAUGAAGCGAUCAAACCGCCGGAAACACACAACAACGUGAAUAAGCCAAUCCCAAGUCCCCGUCUGGGGACAGUCGUUGCCAGUGGAGGAAUCGCCCCAGAAAACGCACUCGAUGCUUUGCUAGAUGAGCUGCAAACCUUUGCCAAACCGCCGAACGGUGUUAACGAGCACCGACCGGACGACUCCACAUCGGACGAUAGUUCCCAAACGUUGCAAAACAGCAUCACGACUAAAAUCUCCCAAUCGCAACUGUACCCCGCCGAACCCGUAUCCUCGAACGUCGGUCUCCGGCGGCUUCAUUCGUAUCCGAGCGGUUCGGAUACGGACACGAGUCCACCGCAACCGACCCGUCCGACGACCGGCAAACCGCCCGUUCCGGAACGCAACGCCGAGUUGCUGUCGAAGGUGAACAACAAGCGAGUGCCCCCGCCGCCACCACCCCGCACCAGCUCCCGCAGUCCGCUGGCCAGCCCAACCAGUCCGCACGUGCCGCAGCAUCACCGUGGCCAGCAGCCCGCCGUAACGCUGUCCGAUUGCGAGCAGCAACAGCGCACCUCCGAAGGUACCGAUUCCGGCAGCGAGUCCGUAUGCUCGGACAACUCGCAACGUCAGCUGGCGCUGGAGCUGCGCCACCAGGAGCUGCUCAAGAAGCAGCGCCAACUGCAGGAACAGUACCAGCGGCUGCAGCAGAUGAGCAAAAAUGCCGUACCGCUUGCACCGACCACGAUGAACCACGAUAUCAAGAAGACGGGCAGUGAAUCGAACCUGCCGGUCAAGAUGGGCUACAACAUGACCGUCAGUGGUUCGAUGAAAAAUCUUUGCGGUGGUGCAGGUGGUGACGCUGGCAUGCCCUUCGACCAGUCGGCCACCCCACCAACGACCAACAACGUCGAACAUCAGGACGGUGGCAGCGACAGUUCCUCCGGUGGGCCAAACUCGAUGGACGGUGGUAUGGUCGGGGCGAACGGAAACACCGGCACCUUGCCACCACACCUUACCAAAACCACCAACAAAGUCUACGAAACGGACAUCCUGUAAGCCGGGCAUUUGCUAGCGUAUGCUUCGCUUUCCCUUUCCAGUAUAGUAAAAUCAGCACACAGGCACGACAGAGCCUGGUUAGGAUGUAGAUCACUCGGAGCCGAUAGGUGUUUCGAUUGCAUUUUAGACGUACCAUACCUAGACCAAUUCUUGAACGUUUAAUUGAUGGUUUUUGUUGCAUAAUUUAUUGAAACAUUCAUUGUUUAGUAGCUGAUCUCAUCUCCACCAUCCAUCUCGCAUAGCGAGGACCUAGGACACAGGAUAUAAGGGAUGUUUUAUCGUUUACAAUAGUCAGUAGUCAGAGAUCUAUUUUUAUAGCAGCAUCGGAGCGCAAUAGCGAGACGAAAAUUUUGAUUUCCAAUUUAGUUUAACAUUCAGUUUAGGUUGAGCAUUAUCAAACCAAAAUGCAAAAGUGUGUGCUAACUGUCGUUGCCUUUACAUUGCCAUUUUAUGUCACCAUUGUGUGGUGGACUGCAAUUUGUAUCUCUUGUUUUGUUUUAUAGCAUAAUUUCUCCCCAUAUAGUCAAUAGACGAGUUGCAUCCAAUGCACCUAGUGCAAGGUACGCUUUCGAACUAUUGCUCCCAAAAAAACAAGAAAACAGAACGAUAAAAUAUCUGCCACUUGCCACAUCUAGUGAGUGUGUGCGUGAGAAAAUAUGCCCCUAAAAAGCCCGCCACUGCACAAACUUUGCAAAUGCGUCCAUCGUUUGAUGUUUAGCACAAACUAGGAAGGAAACGACGCAAUCAUAACUAAACCAUUCAUUCCUCUUCGCCCUAGCUCACGAAACAACUUCUCAUAAACCAUUUAUCCCUUGUCCAUCUUAUACUAAUGCUUACUACCGGCGCUUCUAGUCCAGCUCUGAUCUGUUGACCGAACAUAAUCGUAGACACCCAUCCCCCACACUCGAACCCUAGCAAAACUACUCUCUAUAGACUAUACGCAACGUUUAGGACAAUUCUGUGUGUCACACUAGGCGAACAAAACAAACAAAAUGCAAUCCUCCCCCCAAAGCAUAACAGCCGUAUGCAAACUGUUGUGAAAAAUUAAUUUAUUUUAAACUUUUUUUUCGGUUUUAUUUGUUGUGAAGUUAAAUCUUCAAAAGUGGAAAACCUGUGGAGUUUAAGAAUAUUCAAAAAAAAAAAACGAAGCUCAUCUUACAAACAUGGGAAAAUCACGUUUAACCACACGUUCACCAGUUUCACACCGAAUAGGCAUAUGAAUGGAAAACCAAAAAGUGCACCGAAAAUGUCGCCAAAAGUUUGCAAUAUUCGUGUUUUCGUCGAUCGCGCGCACCACUCACUGCACUGCAGAGAAGAAAACACUUACUCACACACAGAUGCAACAACAUAAUAAUACUUAUAAUGGUACACACACACACGCGUAUGGGUGUUUGUUAUAUUAUGAUUGUGAAAGACGGAACUCGUGCUGGUGUUGUAUUGCUGAUGGAUAGGUUAAUGUAAAGGAGCACGAUACAGAUGAAAAAUAAGCUUCAAAGUUCGUCUACAAGUACACUACUGCUAGUGAUAACAACAGGUGAAAACUUUUUCCGUUUCGCUGGUACAAGAGCGCGUGGUGGAGUUGUUUGUUAAAAGUUCGGAAUAUUUGUGAUCACAGCGAGUGGAAGAACGGGGGAAGCGCUCGAACAACCCAUUCAUCAUCAGUAAAUGUUUUUUUGUGCGGUGCAUUCGUCUAUUAUCUCGUAACCGAUCCCUCGGAACACACAACUAUUGUGCACGUGUCUCGCUCACCACGCAGCAGUAGUAGUAAUAAAGUUCGCCGAAGCCGCUAAACAGCAGACAAGCAGUAUGCGUGACAAAACACUCACAAAUAUAUGUCUAAAAUGAGGUACACACGACCCCACAAUUCACAACCACUGGUCACAUCGUGCAAAAACGUGUAUGUGUGUGUGUUUUUUUAUUUACAUAUGAAACUCACGUAUCGAAUACGAUUUAAAACCAACGCAGCCAGCAGCUUCGAUCAAUUGGCGGUCGAUCAACACACACACGUCAAUGCACUGCGGUACAUUAAAAUAUAGCUUCAAACGUACAUCUUGCGCGAAACAGACGAGGAAAAAAGUCACGCGGUUGUGCAUGAAUGUUGAUUAGGUUUAUAGUGUAUAAGCUUCCCGGGGUUUUUUGAUAGCCGUUUGCGAUCACGCACCAACGUGCGCACGUGCCCCGCUGUGUGUGAGUUUCCCCCGUUCGAACAGCAUGAUCGCGAUCGCAAACGACAAGGAUGGUUUUGCACUUGUGUAGAUUUUGAGCAGCAGCAGCAGAAAAUUGUUAAACACGAAACUAGAGCGCAAGAGAGAGAGAGAGCAAACAGUAUGGAAACGAAUAUACAAUAGCCAGCCAGUGUAAGUUUUAAGUUACAAAAAUGCCCAGUGUUAAUCUUCAACCCCGGGAAAUGACAAACGAGGAGAUCAGUGCAGAAAGAGAGAGAAAAACAGGCGAUUUGAAAAUCGGCGGCCAGAAUCAAGAUGGGGAAAAUCGGUUUUAAAAUGGAAAAGCGAGCAGCGAGAACACAUAUAUUAUAUAGUACUAUUCACCAAUCCCACGAUCACCAGGAGCAGCGGCCAGGUGUGAAGAGUUGAGUGCCAAGGAUGAUACACAUUACAUUAGCCAAACGUGUGUUUCGAUGAUAUUGAUAACGACAAACCAACGAUUCCAACGAUGGGUAAAACGGAGAAGAGGAAAGCCCACUCACACGCAGUAGUGAACACAGGCUAACAACUAGGCUCGAUAGCAUUAUAUCAUGUGCAUCGUGUGAUGUGCCGUGGGAAAAAAAAACGGAAGUAUGUUUCAUUUUAACGAGUUUUCCUUCACUCGGUUCGUUACUUAGCUUUUGUAUACAACAAACAAACAAACAAAUCAAACAUGAACUGAACGCGAAGCAAGGAUCAGAACGCUGCGGCAGCAACAAACGGCAAACAACCUGCGGGAGCAGCGUGUGAACGGGCUUUAUCAAUCAAGUUUGCUACCUUACACGUGUCGUGCUACUCGAGAUAUAAGUAUAUAUAUCAUAUGCGCACCCAUCACAACACGUGACGACACGACGGCAAGAUGCACGUUAUUCCUAAUGACCUAAAGCAAGAAAAAACGAAACGAGUGCAUCACAGAAUCGCAGCAGUUAAAUGCGUUAAACGAAACGAAAAAAAAAACAGUAAAGCAUCAUCCCCCGGAUUGCGAUUAGCUAGUCGAUACUAUGAUGAUGAUACACACGAGAAUAGACACACACACACACAUUCACCCCACAGGCGUACACCCUCCCACAUAUACACCCACACGCAUGCGUUUGUGUCCACUGGAUCAUUGUGUCAGUCAGUAUGCAAUAUAGAAUGUUGGAUUUUUUCUACAAGAGAAACAUUAUAGACUUAUUAUCCAUUUUUAUUAUAAAAUAAUAAAGGAUCUUCCACAUAAAAGAA